AUGGUGUGUACAAAGUUGUGUUUUUUUUCUCUUGGACCUGUUGGGUGGGGCGGUUACGGAUGGAGUUACUUUUUUCGGCAUCCAGGGACGAAGUUUGUGGCGUACAUUUGGAUAUAAAUCACGAAAAUGCUGAUUGUUGGCAUCACAGAAAUCAUGAUAGAGACUCAGAUACUCAACUGAGAAGCUCAUUUAAGAUUCAAGCUUAAUAUUUACUACUUUUGACCCUGGAUUAUCACCUUGAAAUAAAUCAACAUAUCUCUAACUGUAGUCUGUGUAAGCUUAUAUUAACAAACAGGGAAUUUGUCUAAAAUAUCUCAUGAAUUACGUCAAUUUUGAAACAUUUAGGGCUAAAAAAUUCAACGUUUUUAAGGAAAAUCUGCAGAAACUGUGUUAAAUCUGCUUAUUAAUCAUGUGUUUUCAUUCAUUUCUCUGUGUUCUGUGUGUUUCUCUGUUUGUUGAUGUGCUUUGUUUUGUAUUUCCACGUGACAGACUGAGUUCUCAGCGGACCAGAUUGAAGGUAGGUGUAGAAACAUCAUAAUUGGUCAUAAUCUCUCAAAUAUCUUGGCGUGCGGGGGUGAUAUUUACAGAGAGAAAGUCCCCCACAACAACCCCGUCCUCUAAACAAACAGAUCAGAGAGUUAAAACCUUUAGUCCAAAUUAAGUGGAAGUAGGGAUGAAGACAGCUCCAGACUCAAGAUCCUCCCACCCACUGUGCGUGCCACGCCAUGGACUUGUGCAGCUGUCGUGAAGGAUUUGAGUAAUGUCUAUUCUAAGCCGACCUAGCCUUGUCUUGCAGCCCUCGCACAGCUGAGGUGUAAAUUGCCAGGUCAAGGUUUAAGACGCGUCCCCUCACUGGAGGAGGCCGAAUUGUACUCCCUUAACGCCAUCUCCAAGGGUUUUGUCCAACGCUGAAAGACGCCAGAUCUUUGAAUGGGGGCGUGUUUCGCCAUUUUCACACCAAUAUUUGAAAGAGUUUGCUUUCCUUGUGUUACGUAAUUGGAAUUUCACCCAUUGGUUGUACAAUGGGUACACCAUUUUUAAGCUUGUUCUGAGUUGUUCCAGAUCUGGCGUGUUAAAAGUGCAUAAAAAUCAGCCUUUAAAUGCACCCAAAAAUGCAAAAGUGCCACUUCUGCACAUUCCUCGAGAGUUAAAUAAGUCAGACACGGUUUACAGUGCGAGAAGUGGUUCUGAUUACAUCCCGGUCAGCAUUCUUAUGUUUAACUCAACCAGGGUCUUGGUGUCAUGCCUCUAUAUGGCAGGGGUUACUCUGUCGGGGGUGUAUCAGCUUGCACCAUGAAAUUCCUCCCCAAAUGCAAGUAAAAGGGGGCGGGGUUUAGAGAAAGAGAGGGGGGGUACAGCUGCUCCUGCUGUUCGGAAGCCACACCAGAGCAUUAAUCCACCAAAAAGGUCACUUUGAGUCGGCCCCCCCCCUCCUGGUAGGAUACAGAGACCCUUGUUCAGGCCUUCCUCUUUGCUGCCGGUUGGGUUCAGCUGUCGCCUUCAGUGAGCCGGGAACAAUGACAGAAGUAUGCGGCUUCUGCUGACUCUGAUCCUACAGCAACUGGCUUUCUUAGCUGACUUAGAUCCCUGAUACAGAAAGAGAAUAAAACCCAAAGGAGGACUCAAAUGUUCUGCGAGCAUCAGUGUCAAACUAGAUCCCAAAUAUAACUUUUCAACGGCAGCAUGAAAGGGAUUCCUUUCUAGAGCGCAGGGUUCAACAUAAACUCUGAAUUCAUGAGAGGACCGAGUUAUGAAUACUCUAUCUCUUCCUUUUCCUUCUGUCUUUUCCAGACUUCAAGGAGGCUUUCGGUCUCUUCGACAGAGUUGGUGACAGCCAGGUGGCCUUCAACCAGGUGGCGGACAUCAUGCGCGCUCUGGGCCAGAACCCCACCAACAAGGACGUUACCAAGAUUCUGGGCAACCCAAGCGCCGAUGGUAAGACCCCAUUGCAAACAGACAGAAAAAUGCUGAAACCGAGCCUAACUACAAACUCAAAACAUAGAGGGGAAAAAAAGAGUCUCGAUCGAUUUAGGUGUUGGAGACUUGUAAGCAAAGCAAAGGCAAAGCACUCUCAAGCUAAUCUUUGCUAGCACACUAAGCUAAGUCAUAUUAUCGAAGGUUAUCGAAAGUAGUUCGAAAUGGUCUUUACGUAAAAGCUUCAAAACACAAAAACGCUAGAAAAGACUCCUCAAGUUCUAGACUCUGUUACUCUUGGAGGAAAGUGUUAUUUAUCGCUCCCUUCUCGUGAUGUUUCCCAGAUAUGGCCAACAAGAGGCUCAACUUCGACGCUUUCCUGCCCAUGCUGAAGGAGGUCGACGCCCUCCCCAAGGGUACCUACGACGACUACGUUGAGGGUCUGCGCGUCUUCGACAAGGAGGGCAACGGCACAGUCAUGGGCGCUGAGCUGCGUAUCGUGCUGUCCACCCUGGGUGAGUCUCAAGUCACCUUCCCCAAAUAUAGAGGCGUACAAAUAUAGCUUGCUUAGCAUGCGCGGUAUGCUAGCAGACUCCUGACAUGGAUACUUGUCAAACCACAGGAGAGAAGAUGACUGAGCCCGAGAUUGAUGCCCUCAUGGCCGGCCAGGAGGAUGAGAACGGCAGUGUGCACUAUGAGGGUAAGUCUUUAGUCGUCUUUUUUACAGUAAAUACAGGUGAUCGUACGAAUAUUUUAACAUACCGUCUCUUUUUCCUUCCAGCUUUCGUCAAGCACAUCAUGUCUGUGUAA